AAAAAUUCAGAUCAAGGGGCUUCUUUAAUUAAAGGGCUCUCCCAGGGAUUAAAAGCUGCACAAAGGCUGGUGCGUGAGGACCUGAAGGUUGAACUGAAUCCUUUCGCUGCCUGGGUUGGGAGAGACGCGGAAAAUUCUGACAGUCUCCCAAGGUCGGGGCUUGAACCCUGCCAGAUAAAGUCAAAAACGCCCCCCUCUUUUCCCAGCCAUGCAAACUGCGGGAUGAAGCUGGAAGCUGUGGUCGAGCAGCUGCAGAAGCAGCAGCAGAAGCAGCAAGCGCCUCUGCAGAUGGAUUCCAGGGAGAGACAGCAGAGGCAGAUGAGAGAAGCCCAGCUGCUCUACACUCAGCAGCUGGCUGUGCAGCAGGCUGUCCUAGCAGCCACAUCUGGCAGGGCUUCGGGUGGCUCUGCUGUUGGUCCCUUGGCCAGAGGCCCACCUGCAGCUGGAGCUACGCGGGCUUUUGAUCAGAGCAGCAUGAAUUCGGAGCCAGAAGAGGAGGAGGAAGAAGACGAGGAAGAGGAGGAGGAGGAGGAGGAGGAAGGGGGUUUGGAAGGUGGAGAUCUUGAGGAUGGUGCUAAUGUGACUGGGAAAGAAACCUGCUCUGCUCUGAAAUAUUUUCAUGCUCCCAAAGUUGCCCAUCACAACCAAAGAGUGGCCUCUACCUCUAAUCCUCUUCCGGCUUCAGGGCACCAGCGGGGACAACAGGGCAAAGAAGAACAGGGUAAAGACACUACUAAGCAACCAUAUUCCGGUUCCCCGUCUGGACGCCAGAACUGGCGGUUGGAUGAGCAGCUCAAACAGAACGGCAACGUGACCUGGAGCGAUGAAGGUGAUGGAUGCCGAGGAAGAGAAAUUUCACGAGACUUUGCCAAGCUCUAUGAACUGGAUAGUGAUCCUGAACGGAAAGAGUUCCUGGAUGACCUUUUCAUCUUUAUGCAGAAGAGGGGAACUCCCAUCAAUCGGAUCCCCAUCAUGGCAAAGCAGAUCCUGGAUCUCUACAUGCUCUACAAGCUGGUGACUGAGAAAGGAGGGCUGGUGGAAAUCAUCAACAAGAAGAUCUGGCGAGAGAUCACCAAAGGCCUUAAUCUGCCCACCUCCAUCACCAGUGCCGCAUUUACGCUUCGAACCCAGUACAUGAAGUACCUAUAUGCCUAUGAAUGCGAGAAGAAAUCCCUCAGUUCUCCUGCUGAGCUUCAGGCUGCAAUCGACGGCAACAGGCGGGAAGGCAGGCGGCCCAGCUACAGCUCCUCUUUGUUCAGCUACUCGCCCACCACCACGGGACCUCCUUCCCUCCUGUCUCCCCCAAAGAUCCGCUUCCCCAUCAUCGGCGUCGCGCCGGGCAGUGGGACCAGCAAUCCUCGGGUGUCUCCAGCAGCAGCUGUCAGAAAAGGUGAUGGUGUGCCCUUGACUGUGUCUAUGCCAAAUCGUAUUGCCGUGCCAGUGACCUUGGCUAGCCAGCAGGCAACUGUGGCAGCAAGAACAGCCACCCUAGAGCAGCUGAGAGAGAGACUGGAGUCAGGAGAGCCUCCAGAGAAGAAGGUCUCACGGAUGACAGAGGAGGAGCAGCGGCUUGUCCAGCAGGCUCUUCAGCGCAACCUGUUCAGCAUGGCGCGGCAGAUCCCCAUGAAGAUCAAAAUCAAUGGCAAGGAAGAUAAACCUGACUCAGCGGCGGCGGCAGCACUGAAUUUGUCACCUAACGGCAUUGGGAGUAUUAACAUGUCAGUGGAGAUUAACGGCACAAUUUAUGCUGGAGUGCUCUUUGCCCAGAAGCCAGUCGUCCAUCUCAUUGCAGGCUCCAGCACCCAAAGUUCCUGCAGCAGCAGCAGCAGCUCCCACUGCUCUCCCAGCCCUACCUCAUCCCGGGGAACCCCCAGUGCAGAGCCCUCCACCAGCUGGUCUCUCUGAUGGACGGCUGAGCCUGCUGUCUCUCACACUGGCCUCCGGCAGCUCUUCCUCUCUGCUCUCAGCAGGGAGCGAGCCGGGAAGGAGUCGCACAGAUUACCUCAUCUCAAGGAACCUGCUUUUGUGGUUGGCCAACAGCAAGAUGAUGAUGAUGCUGAAACCUUUCCAUGCCAGCGAGUUUUUCUUCAUCGUCUGUUUGUCCAGCCUUUUUCUUUGUUCUUCCCCUUUCUUCCUCCCUUUUGCUUUUUGUUUUUUUUCUCCUCCUCCCAGGGUUUGCUGUGUUCCUGUUGGGGGGUGGGACAUGGAGGGGGGGGGUAUGCCUGGCGUUUUUCAAUCAGGGAUCGUCUCUAGGAGCUGCGGGUUGAGAGAUGGCUGAGACGUCACCAAGGCAGGUGGAAAGAGCUGGAGUUGGGGCGGGGAAACUUGGUUCUCCUCGAACCAGUAGCCACAAGGACUCUUCCCACAAAACAACUCCGUGUAUUGACAAUCCUAAGAGCCGGCGGGGUGCCUUGCCCCUGUCCUCCCAUGGCUUGUGCUGCAGAAGGCCAGGCGGCUGCAGAGCAGGCAAGCUUCCUCGCUUUUCUUCUUCAGGCUCUGUCGUGGUCCGGUGUUCAUAUGUCCUCCUGUAGAACACAUGGUCUUGGCUUGUGAGCCUCCUUCCCCCUCUCCGAGGUCUUGGCAAGAGGGGAAGGACUUUCUCACUGCAACGUUUGACCCAUAGACACAUUAAAAACCUCUCGAUCAGCUGCUUCCUUCUCCUGGCUGGUGCUGGCCUCUUCCCUACUGUUGCCUUCAGGCUUUCAGCCAAGUUUUAAAUGUCCUCCACCUUGUCUCUCUCCCCUUGAGGAACUCAUCCCGCUGACAUUUACCCUGACAGCCUGAACUUACUGUGGCUUGCUGCUUUGAUCUUCUGCCCCCUUGACACAAAAGGGCUGUCAUUUAGGUUGAUCUAGGCUUCCUGGAGCAACUUCCUUCUCAUAAGGUGUCUUUCAAUAGCCCCUGGAAGCUCUCCACAUCCAUAGGCUGAGAAAAUAGAAGGUGAUAUUUGAAAUCUAAUUCAGUGGGGCUGUGGUGCGUGUGUAGGCAUUGCAGUUAACGUUACACACGCGUCUUUUCGUUGGUCUCUGAACAAGCCUACAGAAAGCCGGUCCCCUUCAAAUUGUACAUGAGCGAAAAGAAAGCAGCUCUCAGUUGAGUAAGACCUUUUGCUCUCCUGGAUGGAAGCAGAGGAAAGGAAAUCAAGCCCCUCCUUGCCCUUUCCCCUCAAACCUCCAGUUGAAAGCAAGCAAAGGCUGGCCCUGGCUCUCCCAUGUCUGGAGCCAACCAAGCUGACUUAGUGACUCCAUGAAGUCAGCUCCUGCUCAGGUGGCCUCAUUCUGUCCCCUCUCUUCUUCUGGCCUUUCCCACACAUGCUUUCCCCAGCCUGGAGACCAGGUCCAAGCACCAUCCAUCCUGCCUUGGUGACGUCCUUCCUAUCCUUCAGGCCCAAGUCAGGUUUUUUUGAGCAGAUGAAAUACCUCAGAUAUGUACUUGUUGUUGGGUUUUUUUUGUUUGUUUUGGGUUGGGUUUUUUUAACCUCUUCAGGAAGUAUUGGCAUAUCUUAUCGCUUGUUUUUUAUAUGUGGUUUUGCUGACAUUGUGUUUAUUUUUUUUAUUUUUAAUUGUAUCACCAAAGACAGAAAGAAAAAAAAAAAAAAGACU